GGGGAAUUUGAAUCGAUUGUGUUAUCCAUCACUGCAGUUUCCUAACUUUCCUUGAAUCUUUGAAGUUUUCGAGCUUUUGCUGAACUUAUAAGUUUGCUGGUUGCGAUUUCCGAAUAUUCAAUGGCUGUUGAAAUCAAAUCAUUUGUCGCAAGUGGAAAUACACUAGCAGGAAAUGCGAACAUUCAGAUUAAUGGCCCAAUCGUGGGCAAUGUGAACAUUCCACUGCCUCCGGAUUUGUCUCAAAAACAAAAGAUCGAUCAGGAUGAAUGUUACAAUGCAUUAUUUCUAACGCACCCUGAAGACGAUAGAGAAGGAAUCUGCAGUCGCAACGGUUACCCUGUCCCAGAUACCUGCAAAUGGAUCCAAAAAGUCAAGGAAUUUCAGAUUUUCGAGCAGAGCUGGAUACCAAAUUCCAAUAAUUUUCUCUGGAUGUAUGGUGGUCCUGGAAAAGGGAAAACAUACCUUUCUAUCUAUCUGGCGAGCCGCUGGGUUUCGCUUGUAGACUCUCGAGAGCCAAGUCAUCUUGUUUUAGAAUACUAUUGCGACAGCAGUAACUCUCAACGCAACUCGGCAUUAUCUGUGCUUCGGAGUCUCAUCUGUCAGCUUUUAAAAGCAAACAACGACCUAUACCAGGAUAUUUUGGGUGAGUUUGAUAGCUGCCGUCGUCAGAAUCAAAAGCUCGCCAGUAAUUUUUACAGGGAAAAUUUGUGGCGUAUCUUCAAGUCUAUGGUCAAACAUAUUCCAGAAAAUAUAGUGCUAAUCUUGGACGGACUCGAUGAAUGCGAUGAUGACUCGAUUUCGUUCCUCCAAGCAAAACUGGAAGAUCUCUAUGUAUCCAACCGAGGGAACGACCAGGGGAUCAAAACAAUUAUCAUCAGCCGCCCAUUGCAAAACAAUAUUCGAACGGACUUAAGUAUUGAUUUGGAUGAUUUGGACAAAGAAUACAGUGAAAGACGAAUAGAAGAUAUCAAAGCAUUCAUCUCAGAGAACGUCGACCGAAUAAGUUAUAUUGACGACAAAAAUAAGAAUCAUUUAAAAGAAACCUUGCUUAGACGUGCUGACGGGACGUUCCUCUGGGUCUCUCUAGCAAUUAAUGAAUUGAAAAAUAACACUGCGAUGUUGGAACAAGUAAUCCGCCGCCCUGAAUCCGCUAAUACCUGGUUGCCAAGAGGGUUGGAUGAUAUGUACAAUCGGAUUCUGAUGAACAUACCAGAGUCCAGGCGCCAGAUUUCUUUCCAAAUAAUUCAAUGCAUUUACAUUGCUAUUCGUCCUCUCACAAGGGCUGAGAUUUGUUUGAUGGUCGAUAGCGAUGAUAUCAAGGUGCAGACAAGCCUUGGAAGCCUGAAACACAUAAUCGUAAAAGCAAAAUUGAACAAACGAUUUCAGUUCAUCCAUUUGUCGCUAAAAGAUCAUCUCCGAUCUAUUCCGCCUCUUCCAUCUUUUUUUUCGUCUACCGGUGGACUCAAUAAACUUCUACUUUCGAUGGAUCUAGUACUAAGCAGAAUAUACCUCGAGUCUGCCUGUGACUUGGCACUUCUAAUUCUCCCUGCCGCUAUUAUUCUCUAUUGGACCAAGAGUUUACUGAUCUAUGCGAGCUUUUUCACUACAGCAAUUUUCUCGUAUCAUCGAAUUUGUACUUCCAGCUUUUCUGGGCCAUUAUUCCUCAUCAAACAUUUUCAAAAACAUUUAAAAAUACGAGCGUUCGGAUUCAAAGAGCAGAAAGCUCAUGAAGAACUAUUUAAGAGAUGCUUAAUUACUAUGGAGAAGUUGAGAGCGAACGGAUGCGACGUGGAACCUGGGACUUGCAUUGCUGAGAUUGAUGAGGAAAAGAAGGCAAAAUAUCUGCUUGAUGUCGAAUAUUCAUGCUGUCACUGGAUGAAUCAUCUCUAUAAAAGCAAUUCCAAGCAGGGUGAUGAUGGCUUACUUCACAACUUCUUAAUCAAAUAUUUCCUGCAUUGGCUCGAAGUUAUGAGCUUGACAAAACAAACUCCAGAGAGCAUCAUUGUUAUGAACGAUUUGAAGUCUUACACUUCGCAUGUUGAAAAGUCGGAGCUUUAUCGUUUUAUCCAUGAUGCUGAGCAAUUCAUCAGUUUCAAUAGAUCCGGUAUUGAACAAGCACCUUUGCAGAUAUACUCAUCAGCUCUUUUCUUUGCCCCCAAGAAGAACAUAAUUCGGCAAACGUUCAAAAGAUGUAUCCCACCCUGGUUAUAUGAAAUUACUAGAAAAAGAUCAAAUUGGACUCCGGGUAUUCAAAUACUUGAAGGUCACGCCGAUUUCAUACACGAUAUUGCCUUUUCACCCAAUGGAAAUAUGGUCGCUUCCAGCUCUUCUGAUUGCCAACUUCGUCUUUAUGAUGUUGCUACCGGUAGACUGCUACAAUUAUACCACCAUCCUAUAAGUUAUUGGGAUUUAAAGGCGACUUUCUCACCAGAUAGCAGAAUGAUUGCUUCUAGCUCUGACGAUGCCAAAAUUCGAAUUUGGAAUACAGUGACGGGUGAAUUACUUCAUAUAUUCACCGGGCAUUCAGGUGUGGUAAAUUCAAUCUUCUUCUCUCUCGAUGAUAAAACGAUAACUUCAUGCUCUUGUGACCAUACGGUCCGGCUUUGGACUAUGAAUAGCGAUCAUCCUUCGCAACUACUAUAUGGAUCUGAACAUCAUUCUACCAAAGUAAAUUCUGUUCUUGUCUCGCCCGACAACAAAAUGGUUGCUUCACUUAUGAAAAACGGGGACAUUGGCCUUUCGAAUAUGGAAGGAAAAUUGUUGCAUUCAUUCAGUAACAAUGCAGAAAAUGAACAAAGAUAUGACCAAUCAAUCACCUUUUCACCGAAUAGCAAAUUGAUAGCUUCGAUUGAUCGUGGGGGAGAAAUUAGGGUUUGGAGAGCAGAGGUAGGGUACGAAUUACUGUGGGUGCAUAAGUAUCACCAGCCCUCGGUAAAGCCAGUAUUUUCACCCAAUAGUCAGAUGAUAGCUUUGGUAUUUGAAAUGUCGGUUCAGCUUUGGAAUGCAAGGGAAGGCGUAUUAUUACAAACAUUUAAUGGUCACUUUUACGAUAUUAGAGACGUCGCAUUUUCACCUAAUGGCCAGAUGAUGGCUUCAGCCUCCCAAGACAGAACAAUCAGACUUUGGUACAUAUCAGGCGAACCAGUGCAGACAUUAAAAGGUCAUUUAUCAGGGGUGACAAAAAUCUUAUUCUCGCCUGAUAGCAAGAUUAUUGCUUCGAGCUCUUUCGACAAAACAGUUAGGCUUUGGGAUAUCAAGACCUUGAUAGAUAUGCCACCACCAAAAAUUGAUGGAAAUCCGAUUAAGAACGGCAUUCGUGGGCUUAAACUGUCAUCAGAUGGUAGGAUGCUGGCUAUAGAUCAUUUUUUUAACCGAAGAAUUCGACUUCAAGACGUGGAAACAGGUGAAUUUCAACAGACGCUUUUCAAUACCUGGCUGAAUUAUCAAACACAACUCCCAAUUCAGUUCUCGCCGAACAACAAAAUAAUAGCGAUUACUAAGAGACAUAGCCACACAAUCGAAUUGUGGGAUGCAGCAGAAGGUAAACUAUUGCAUGAACUCGAUAGUGACAGAGAAAAUAUCAACUGGAUUAUAUUCUCACUUGAUAGCACCAUGGUGCUUUGGAGCGAUGCCUAUGUCUGUGAAAGUAAGCUUUGCAGUUCACAAACAGGGAAGCUUCUGCAAAAAUUACCCAGUUUUGUGAACAAGAAACAUUGGCAUUCGGCAGCGUUCUCACCGGAUGGCAAGGUUUUAGCAUUUGGUUUCGACCAUGAAAUUCAGCUUUGGAGUACAACAACAGGCAAGCUACUACGGAAAAUAGAGGAUCAUCCGAGUUCGAUAAGUUCACAUGGUCGAUUCGCGAGACUACCUACUGUUAAGCGAUUUUACAAGUUGAGCCACUCAAAUGAUUGGAUAGUCGAAAAAAACUCCAACGGAGAACGAAAUAUCCUUUGGCUUCCAUUUGAGUAUCGACCAUCUUGCAUGACUAGUCGUAGGGGUAUGAUAGCCAUGGGAUAUCCUUCUGGAAAGACAUUUCGCAUGAAAAUUAGGAAUGAUGACAAUGAGGCAUUUGCUAAGGACAUAGGUGUCUGGGGAGGCGAAGUAGAUAUGGAUGAAGAUGAGGUUGAGGAAGAUUUGGAUAUAUCGGGGGGCAUCAUUGUUGAAGAUCGUUAUGUGACAGUUAAGGGAGAUUAUGAAGAUUCCACUGAAGAUCCAUGUGUUUGGGAAGGUACAAUAGACUCGGAUGCCGAAUCAUUAAAAAAAGGAGCAUUGGAAAGAUUUUCCGGAGGUGAACAGUUAUAAAGACAGCUGCUUGAAGAGAAGCGUAUGGAACAAAAAGAGAUAGACGAUGAGGAGAUUCAGAAUGAAGAAAUAGAGAAUAAAGAGAAGUAGCACGAGGUGAUAAAGAAUGGAGAGAUAGAAAAUGAGGAGAAAAGGACUCACAGCGAAGAAGAGAAAAAAAGAAGCAAGGCUAAACAGAAAUUUUAAUUUUUUUUUGGAACGAAUCAGGUGGUGUAUAUGAAAGCGAGAUCAGAUUAGCGAGUAAAAAUAAAAGGAAGGUGUUGCAAAAUCAGGCCCGCUCUGCUAUUAAUGUUUUUACGGUAGAAUCUUCCUUAUGAUUAGGAUCUUAAACAGGUGCCAACAGAAAGGCUACAAAGAAGGCCAAUCUUUGUAGUGAAGCAAACCUAAGAAGAUUAGGGCACGAAGAAUAAAAAAAAAAUAGAUACACUGACCUGCAAACAGUGAAGUAAAAAGAAAUACCUCGUAGGAAAUUUGACCCGAUCGAUA